AUGCGCCCCAUGAUUGGGUAUGGGGACCCUGGCAUCAUUUUCGCCCGCACGGAUGCCAAAGCCGCUACGAUUCUUGACAACAACUCGGACGGCCGCGACAAUCCGUUCAUCUUUGCCUUUUUCCCUGGUGGAAGCGUCAAAGAAUUCGCCGACUUCAACGCAAUGAAGAAAUGCGCGAUCGUCCGGUUGCGGCAUGCGCCGUCGAACUGCUGCGAGAGAGCCCGCAGUACGGUCGAAGGCUACCACCGUGUCCGCGGUGGAGUCGAGGAAUUGCAUUGCCUGCACUAA